UGACAGUUAUGACACUGUGGUACGACUGGAUCACUGGACUAACAUCUGUUUUCUAUGCGACUAUAUUUGGGUGCAGACUGUAUGAGUGACUGUGUGCAGUGCAAUUCAAGUUUUCAGAGAUCUGGCUAUACUAAAUAACGUAAACAAUUCAAUCCAAAGCUCAAACAUUUAGACGACUAUCUAAAAAAUCCUAGAAAAAGGAGCUUCGAAACCUAGAUUUAGUACUGUAUAAGCUAAUUUCAUCAAAAGCAAACACAAUACCAACAUCUCAGUAUGUCUUCCACCUCUUUGGCUCUCACCUUCUUCCUCUUCUUCUCAUUAUACCCACUUUUCUGCUCAUUUACAGCUUCCGCCGCUUCAGAUGAUGUAGAGAUUACAUAUGGGUCAGUUUUGAAGAUGAUGCAUGAGAAGACUAAAUUUAGGUUGCAUUCUCAUGAUUUGCCAUAUGGAUCUGGCAGUGGACAGCAAUCUGUUACUGGUUUUCCCUCUGUUGAUGAUGCAAAUAGCUAUUGGAUUGUUAGGCCAGAGCUGGGAACAUCUGCUAAGCAAGGUGACCCUAUUGUAAGUGCAACGAUUAUCAGGCUGCAGCAUAUGACGACAAGAAAGUGGCUGCACAGUCAUUCCUUUGAAUCACCCCUUUCAGGCAAUCAGGAGGUCAGCUGCUUUGGGAAUGAUGGCAAGUCUGACACGGGUGAUCAUUGGAGGCUAAUAGUUGAAGGAACAGGGGAAAUGUGGAUGAAGGAUCAAAGGGUUCGGCUUCAGCAUGUGGAUACUGGUGUUUAUUUACAUAGCCACAAGAAGAAGUAUGGCAUGGGGCAGCAAGAGGUUUGUGGGGUGAUCAAUAAGCAGAGUGACAAUAUUUGGAUGGCAGCUGAGGGUGUAUACUUCUCUGUGAAUAAAACCAAACACAGCACAUAGUAAUACACGUUGAGGCCUUGAGGGUUUUCAUUAAUCUUUAUAGUAUUGACAUACAUAAUACUCCAUAUACCAUAUUUCCGAACAAGCACUUGUAUUGCAAGUGCUUCCACAGGUAAGCAAUGUACUGAAUGAAUGAUAAUUGAUCAAAAUUUUGAUAGAAUUUUAAUGUUAAGCCUUUUUUAUGAUU